AGUUUCCGUCGCCCCAUAUGGGUUGGGCUCGUGCUCCCCGUCGCUAUCACCGAGCGCUUCCUAUGUUGUGCGCGACCUCUUGCAAGUUCCGCACCUGCGAUGCGCCUGUAGUUGAGAAACAGCCCUGAUGUUUCGUCGCUGCAUAGUGAAGAAUACCGUAGUUUGACGAGAGGAGGACACUUCUUCGCAGGUCCUGUAGUACCGAACUCUCUGGAGCAUUGGUCCAGGUCAGCACGUCGUGCCAGAAGGGCUUCAUCAUGAACCGUACAACCUCAAAAUGGUUCUACACCGUAAGGGCACCCACCAUUCCUCCAAGCGUGCCGACCACAUCCAAGCUGCUCACUACUAGCUGGCGUUCCCUGUUUCCCCAACGUGCUCCUAUAUUCCCCAAUCCUUCGUCCGUCCCAGAAGUGAACGCCACUACAUUUAUCGAAUACCAAGAAACGCGCACUACAACUGCAGCCGCGAGCAAGCACCAUCAUGUUCUUUUCGACGAUAUGACAAAGAACACAGCUUACUACUACGGCGACACCAUUGUUUCAAUCAUGGCGGUUCUUCUUGUGCUCUUCAUACUGUGUUCCAUCGUCGGCAACGUCAUGGUCAUUUUAACCAUCUUCCGUCAUCGAGGAAUGCGUACGAGAACCAACAUGUUCAUCGUCAACCUGGCCGUUGCGGAUAUCCUGGUCGCUGUCCUGGACAUGCCCGUGUCCCUGAUUACGUUGCUGAAGGGGGACUGGAUCCUGGGCUACAACUUCUGCGAGUUCAACGGCUUCACGAUGGCCUUGCUGUUGAUGUGCUCGAUUCACACGCUGAUGUACAUAAGUGUGCACAAAUACAUCAGCAUAACGCGACCCUUCAGCAGGGCGAUGACAAAGCAGAGGAUCAUCAUAUUGAUUGCUGCAUCCUGGCUGUGGCCGCUAUUCUGUGCCGUCACUCCGUUCUUCGGAAUCACGGAUAUAGUCUACAAACGAGGCGCGUCCCAAUGUGGUCCGGCCUACCCGCGCACAUUACUGCAGAGCCUCCACUCCUUGGUUAUCAGUUUCACCAAUUAUUUUCUUCCCCUGGGCGUCAUGAUGUUCUGCUACGUAAGCAUCUUCCGUGCCAUCGGACACCACCUGAGCCGCGUCCAGGCCACUUCCAACAUAGGCCUCCACAGCUCCGUAAUUCAACAGAAGCGCAUUACGAUCACCUUGGUCCUUGUCCUGGUCUGCUUCUUUCUGUGCUGGACGCCGUACAUCGUGUACAGCGUCUUCGUGAACAUUACGAAGAACAAGGCAGCAGUGCCCUACAUUCUGAACCCCAUAGGCUACUGGUUCGGCUACAUGAACUCUGCCUGUAACCCGAUCAUCUACGCUUUUCGAAGUCCGUCAUUUCGACAUGGCUACAUGGAGAUCCUCCUUGGGCGAGGCAUGGGUACCGUCAGCGGAGAAGGUAGCACGGGACCCCACAAGUCAUCGAGCUUCAAAAAUAAAUUAGCAGCCGCAGCUCUUGCAGAAGGAGAAGAAUCGUGUGCUCCAAAGUCUGCCACUGGGAAGCCUCCUCGGCCCAAGCGAUUCCUGUCGCAAACGAGUUGGGUGAGCCUUCCGCUCAUUCCAAUCACUGCGCGACGGCCACCGUUCAACUCUAGUUCCAGCUCGCAUUCGUCGUCUGCAGACGACAAUUUGCGCAAGCAUCACAGCGAAGGAAACGUCCUGACGCAAAACGAUGAAGUCCCCCAGGAAGACGAACCAGCUUCUCCUCUCCACAGGGCUGUGUCCACGAUUCUUGAAUCGCCAACAGAGACUGAGAACGCUGGCAGGGGAUCUGAGAGAGAUUUAGACAAGGAAAAAGAAAUAAAAGAUGUACGGAUCUAGUGUGUGGAUUUCGAAAGUCGA